UUUGUCUAUUGGUUUUAUUUGAGCGGGUGUGGCAGUAGUGUGGUAGUGUGUGGCGCAGCACCACACUGUGGUGGUGGUGGUGGUGGUGUGGCGUCAUGGCUGCUUCUCCUCUCCUCUCUCACAACCCACAUGUGUUUCUUGAUGUUAAAAUUGGAGAAGAAAUUGUUGGGCGAAUUGUGUUGGAGCUUUUUGCCGAUACGUGUCCCCGAACAGCGGAGAACUUCCGGGCUCUUUGUACAGGGGAGAAGGGUAUUGGCAAGAAAAAUCUUCCCUUACACUUUAAAGGAUGCACCUUCCAUCGAAUUAUCGAACAUUUUAUGAUACAAGGAGGGGACUUCACGGACCACAAUGGCACGGGUGGUGAAAGCAUUUAUGGGGAUAAAUUUGAAGAUGAAAACUUUAAGCACAAGCAUUCCUCGGCGGGAGUUCUCUCCAUGGCUAAUGCUGGCCCAAACACAAAUGGUUCUCAAUUUUUUAUUACUCUAUCGGAUACUCCCCACCUGGAUGGGAAGCACGUGGUCUUUGGUCGUGUAAUUAAGGGCCUGGGCGUUACAAAGAUCUUGGAGAAGGUGAAGACAGAUGGUGAUAAACCAGUUGAGAGGUGUGAAAUAUAUGAUUGUGGAGAAUUCAAACCAGGUGAUGCUUUUGGAAUUAUUGAUGACGAUGGCACAGUGGACAUCUACCCGCAAUUCCCAGAUGAUUCGGACAUCAAUUUUGACGAGGCCACUAUGGUGGAGUUGACCAAGAUUAUCAACAAUAUCAAGGAUGCAGGGAACACUUUCUUUAAAAAGCAGGAAUACUGUACUGCCAUCAAGAAAUAUCAUAAAAGUCUUUCAUACGUUAACUAUAUAAAAGAUAAUUGUUCCACGAAACGUGCCGACUUAACUGACUCCGAUACCAACACCCUGAAUAAUCUGGCAGUGUCGUGCCUUCUUAAUCAUGCUUUGUGCUCAUCUAAGCUGGGGUGGUUUGAUAGAGCUAUCUCCGAUUGUUGUCAAGCACUCGAGCUCGAUGGUAAUAAUCCAAAAGCUUAUUUCCGUCGUGGUCAAGCAUACAAUCUGAGCAAUGAUGCAGUUGCUGCCAAAGCUGACUUAGAAAGGGCACGAGAGCUUGAGCCAAAUGACAAGGGCAUCUUAAAGGAACUAGAUUUAGUUUUAAAAAAGAUAAAGGCUCAGAAAGAAAAAGAGAAAAAGAUAUAUGCUAAGCUUUUUCAGUGAAUAGAGAUUCCAACUAUAGUGCAGAUCCUUCAACUAAUGUGUAUGUAUAAUGUUUUGUACCAGUCUGAUGUGUAAUAAAUUAAAAUGAAAUUUC